AUGGUAUAUAUCAUGCAGGACUCCAGACUGCAGCCAGCAAGCGUUGCUACCCUCACCUCGACUCCAGUAUGAAGUUUACGUGGCUGCUGCUGGUGUUUCUGCUGGCCCUGACUGCUGUCUUCGCCAGCCCCGACCCCGGCAAGAAGAAAAAAUUUGGCUUCGGUGGCGGCGGUAAGAAGUUUGGCAAGAAACGUGGCGGCUUCGUUGCUCGUCCCGUCUAUGGUGGCGGCUAUGGAGGCGGUGGUUUUGGUGGCGGUGGCUUUGGAGGCGGUGGUUUUGGAGGUGGUGGCUACGGCGGCCGUGGUUUUGGAGGCGGCGGCUUUGGAGGCGGUGGUUUUGGAGGUGGUGGCUACGGCGGCCGUGGAUUUGGAGGCGGCGGCUUUGGAGGUGGCGGCUUCGGGGGCGGUGGAUUUGGCGGCGGUGGGUUCGGAGGUGGUCAUGGAGGCUAUGGCCGGUAAACUAAACUUCAGGGAAUCGAGGGAGAGAUAGUCCUGGGGAGGAUUGCCCAUGCGGGAGAGUCUUCCCUGAGUUCUGUCUCUAAGUAUCUCUUGUUCCUUCAUGCUGUGCAUGAAGACCCGUCUUGUCUCUCAUAUAUAAGCAAAUCACUUAAUUUAAAUAAUCUACAUCACUGUAUUUCUGUGAAAUUCAUAUCACUUGUCCUGUCCAUUUACUGUUGUUUCAGCGCUUUGCAAAUAAUUUUAUGUAAUAAACAACAGAAAAGAU